CUUGAAUUCAUUCUGUUUACCAUACGGGUAAAAUCCUUGGGAAAAGCUGUCAUGGCAGAUGCUAGCUCCGCUGCCAGUCCUGCUGCUCUUCAUCCCUCAAUAAGGCUUUCUCUGCAUACAAAAUGUCCAUGGAGACUAGAACAGCUGGCUCACUAACCAUGUUCAAUAAUACAUCUGCAGCAUUUGAUCUCUGCUCUCUACCGGGGGAUGUUUUCUGGGUAUUUCUAGACUACCUUACACCAAGAGACAUUAUUUGUUGCCGUCAGGUUUCCCGAGCAUGGAAUGACGCCUUUGGGAAUCCAUACAUGCUGGUCGGACUGCUGAAGAAAUCAUUCCCCUUUGCAAGAGAGGUCAGGGAGCUUCAGGAAUAUGAAAUUUUGGACAAUCCAUACCUGUUGAAAUCCAGAGGUAGAGAACAUGUCCACAGGAUAUUCAGCCAGGUCGCCUGCAGAUACGAUCACCUUGCUCGCGGCAAAUCUAGGUCCAUUCAGAAGUACAAGCUGUGUGCUGACUUUGGUGAUUCUGGGGAAAGGGAAUUCUUUCCGGUACAGCACUGGGAAGUCCAUGCAAGUCAUCCGACUCGAGUUGACUGUCCCUUUUCGGAGGCAUUUUGGUCCUAUGAGGAUGGUCUUGUCGUUUACCCAAGCGCCGAUCACCAUCGUCUUGUUCUGAUGGAUUUAAAUUCAGAGAACGACCGAUGCACUAUAGUCCCGUUUAUAAUAACGGGAAAAGUGGUGCGAAGAGUGCGUCUACAUCAAAGGGUUCUCGUUAUCGAAUGGGCUGAACCCAAUGCCUUCCACUGGCUAGAUGACACCGAUGGGGUGCAUCGUCAUUUUGCGUCUUCCUUCGACGUAACAAGGAUUCCUGAGUUAGAAGAUAAUGAUCACCGCUGUCCUUGGACUGUUACAUUCCGGAACGAAUGGAAGAUAAUGUUCCUGGGCCAUCCACUGAGCGAGCGAGAUCGAUUCUUUUCCUCUCACAACAAAACCCAUUAUGUCAUCUACGUCUGGCAGCCCAACCGCAGUCUAUACACAGCUGACGAAGACGCGCCAAUCGAGUCAUUAACUGUCUGGGACAUCUCAACUCCAUCAACCUACAGAUCCCCCCUAGACCCAAAGGGCCGUUUAAGAGGGAACGGGCUAAAUCCGGGUCCCUUCAUUAUCUCCCGUUUUGGUUUCCGGGAACUGGGAUUCUUCCAGGUCCGACAAAGGGGAUGCCCCCGGAUACAGCGCCUAGAGAUGACCGACGACGCGCAGGCGAUAGAAAUAACUGAAACCGUAUUACGCAACAUAUGGUCAACACCAUCAAAGUGGACCCCAGAAGUCUGCACAACCAGCAUCCCUGUAACUGGAACGGGACCCUGCUGGCGGCGGAAGACAGAGGCGGUGUUUCCCCCAACUCGUGGCAAUGGGACCUUUAGUGCCUCCCCCCUUGUCGCCUCCGGUGACGAUGAGAAUGGGGAGUAUUGGUACAGCAUUAUCUCGGAGGCGGCGGACAGACUUGCUCAAGUGCGCUUCUGUCUCCAUUUCGCUCCGACCUGGCCGACCUUGGAUAUGAGGCUCAGUAUUCGAACACCAUCUUCAAAUAUCGUUCUCUACAUUGAGGAGUUUUUCCAGCUCGUGGCUAAAGGGAAAAUUUGUGGCGAUGAACGGUUUGUAGUUGGUGAGAAUCAUAUGGGGGAACUUGUCGUUUGCAGGUUUGAUAGGUAG